GCAUCAAAGUAUAUCAAAGUGUGCUAUGUUAAAUGAAUAUUUAGAAAUUUUUUUUCCGGAUUGACCCUAAAUUACGAAUCUUAUCUGAUCUUAUCAUCAACAUCGAUGAUAAUAUUUUAUCGAUCGGUGACAAGACCAGAGGCCGCAUCGCGAAUACAUAUCAAUUUUAGUGCGGUCUCUGAUUAAAGUUGUGAGAUUUACAAAUAUGUCAUCGAUCAAUCCAGAAAACGGACCGAGAAUCAGUUUUUACGAGAAUGAUUAUUAUGAUGACAGCAGUUCAGAGGAAAAUGAGGAAGAGGGGUAUGUUAGUUGGAUCUUCCAUUUUUUGCUUGGACUAUAAACGCGCUCUUGUAAUAAUCUAGAAAUUAGUCGAAAAGUGUAUGACUGGAACAGUUUAAAAAAUAUAUUAUUAACAAUUUACUAAUUUAUUAGUACACAUAAUUAUUUAAAAUUGUAAAUAAAAAUGAAUAAGUAAUAAGUGUCGAAGAUACAGGCUGUAGAUCAAAAGCUUUUUAGUUCGCAGGAGGAUGUUCCACCAUGGGACAUGUUUAGAAGCUUCCCCUCUCAGAUAGAAAGCGGAUCUGGAGAGAGUAAUCGGUUUUUCGAGAUUACCAUUUAUGUCUUAAAAGUGUUAAUUUAUGGAUUGCUAUUUAUCAUCGUUUUAUGCAGCGGUAUUGUGGCUAAAACUGCCGUCUUAUUUGCAAUCUCACAGUUGCAGAAGGGUAGUCAUCUGUUGCCGCAUUGCGAUAAUUCAGAGGGGAAGGAAUUUUUCGAACAUACGCAGGAUGGCUACAUAAAAUGGACUUGGUGUCUGAUUUUUAUGUUUCUCGUACCGGAAUGCAUCGGCGUGUUAAACGCCUUAGGGCAUUACUUAUUCAAAAAGAAACCGAGGAUGGCGAAAAAACGAAACAUCCUGUUCAUGAUCUUGACAGAUACUCUACACACGAUCGGUUUGAUCCUGUUAAUUUUUGUCAUCCUACCGGAAAUCGAGGCGGUGCAAGGCGCCGCCAUUUUUUGUUGUCUGUGUUUUGUACCGGGAUUGUUAAAUUUAUUCUCGCGAAAUGAUGAGACUCGAAAUUUAUCGACCUGCCAAUCAAGAUUAUUCAAAGUUUUUGACGCUCUGGCCUUGUUAUCACAAAUUAGCGGAAUGUUCUUGCCGCUUCAACAUAACAUUAACAAAUCAUCGACUUGGAUCUUCCCCGUCGCUCUUAUAUUGUGCUCGAUUCGUUGGUGGAGCAACUUUGUAUCGGUUCAUAGCAAUAUCGGUCUGCUACGAUUCUUAUACUCCAUGAAGCGGGAUCUCCAGCCGGGUCAGCAGAUAGUGCAAGGAUACGCGUCCCUUUGCAGGAUAUUUGUUUUUAUCAUCGGUGCCUUCGUCGUCAACGUCUGCAAAGGGAUAGACGCCGCGAGCUUCUUCUCACCGACAUUCACCGAAGAGUACAACAUUACUCGGAUUUCUCUUCCAAACGUGUCGAAGCAUAAGGACUUCUGGUCCGUAGUUAGUUUGCUGCCCCUCUGCACCUUUGCGGUACAAGCCGUCUGCGCCAUGAUAAUGUAUCAAUCUUGCAAAUUCGCCUACAGGACCCAUAUGCACCAGUUUGGUUUCGCGUUUCCGACGAGUCUGGCUGGUCUGGGAACAGUGCUCCUGAUCAUGGGACUUUGCGUCGCCAGGAACAACUGCGUCCUUCACGACUCGAUGCCGAGUACGGAUUACCUCUUCUUCAGAGAGUCUUGGUACGACUCUGAAUCAAUUCGUACGAAUUGGAGCGCAUUCUUCUCCGAUUGGUACGUUUGGUGUUGGCUGCUGUGGCUGAUGUCGCAGAUAUGGAUCACGAGACAUUUGUGGACCACCCAGAAUGAAAGGCUGGCACUAGCGGAAAGGAUCUUCUCCAUCAUCACUUACGACUCGCUUAUGAUUGAGCAGUGUUUAGCCUUGAACAGAAAAAUGCAGAAUGAUAAUGCUGAUGAGGGCAAUGAGGAGGAAAGCAAAGAUGGCGAAAUUCUAAAUGACGACUUCAAGAUAGAAAUGGAUAUCGGUUUAGACAUUGGAAGGGAUCAGGAUUUUGGCACAGAUCCAAACAUGACGGUCGACAAACGCAAGGAUCGUGUCACCAAGAUAUAUGCUUGCGCUACGAUGUGGCACGAAGAGAAAAACGAGAUGAAUCAUUUGAUGAGCAGCAUCCUGCGACUGGACAAGGAUCAGUGCGCGAUGCGCGUCACGCAGAAAUGUUACAAGGUUCAAAUCGCGGAUUAUUACGAAUUGGAAACACACAUUUUCUUCGACGACGCCUUUUGCUGCAUGCACGGUUGCAUUGGUUUGUGCAACCACGACGAAAACGAGACGCAGGUCAAUCAGUAUGUGAUAACGUUGGUCGAAACAGUCCAAAGUAAUGUGGAGAAUUUGCGAAUGCCUUAUACACCGCCUAUUAAAUAUCCGACGCCUUACGGGGGUCGUCUUGUAUGGACGUUACCUGCAAAGACUAAGCUGAUUGUUCAUUUGAAGGAUAAAAAUAAGAUCAGGCACAGGAAACGAUGGAGCCAGGUGAUGUACAUGUAUUAUCUUUUGGGCUACCGUCUGGUGGGUCUAUCGAUCGAGAUGGAUCGUAAAGAGAACAUUGCCGAGAACACGUACAUUCUCACCCUGGAUGGAGACAUUGACUUCCGACCUUUCGCUGUCAAAAUCCUGGUGGAUCUGAUGAAAAAGGAUAGGGAUCUUGGUGCAGCAUGCGGUCGAAUUCAUCCUGUUGGAUCAGGUCCAAUAGUUUGGUUCCAAAAGUUCGAAUACGCCAUCGGUCACUGGCUGCAGAAGUCCACCGAGCACACGAUCGGUUGCGUCCUGUGCAGUCCAGGCUGCUUCUCGCUUUUCCGAGCGAAGGCCCUGAUGUACGUGAUGGCGAAAUAUGCCACCAAGUCUACUGAAGCUAGACAUUACAUUCAGUACGAUCAAGGCGAGGACCGAUGGCUCUGCACGUUGCUUCUUCAAAUGGGUUUCCGAGUCGAAUACUCGGCGGCGAGCGACGCGUACACUCACGCACCGGAACUCUUUAAGGACUUGUUCAUACAACGUCGUAGAUGGAUUCCCUCCACUGUCGCGAAUAUAUUUGACUUAUUGAUAACCGCCAAAGUGACGAGAGAAGUGAACAAUGAUAUCUCCUGGCUGUACAUCGCUUAUCAAUGGGCCUUGAUGGGGAGCACAAUCUUGGGACCGGGUACAAUAUUUCUGAUGCUGGUCGGUGCAUUUGUUGCUGCCUUUCAUAUCGAUAACUGGACCAGUUUCUGGUACAAUCUGAUCCCAAUCAGCAUCUUCAUUGGAGUCUGCUUCAUCUGCAAGGAACGCAUUCAGUUAUUUGUAGCCCAGGUCAUCAGUGCUAUGUAUGGGCUGGUGAUGGUAAUCGUCCUGGUGGGAAUUAUGCUACAAAUCGCCGAGGAUGGAUGGUUGGCACCUAGCAGCCUUCUCUUCUUCAUUGUCGCGUGCCAAAUGACAAUAGCUGGCCUGCUACAUCCCCAGGAAGCGCUCUGUCUGCUGUGCGGCAUCAUCUAUUACGUCACGGUGCCGGCCAUGUACAUGCUGCUGACCAUCUUCUCUGUCUUCAACGUACAUAACGUCACGUGGGGUACGCGAGAUUCGAAGAAUGCGAGUGUCAAGCCUCAAGAUGAGCAGAAGAAAUCUACAGCAAUUGGCAAUAUAUCCGAAUUCAUGAGAAGAACGGGGAACAAGCAAGAUGGGAAUCAAAAAGGUUCAUUUGAAUUUUCCUUGGAUCUUUUUAAAUGCGUCUGCUGCAUACAUUCGGGAAUAAGUUAUGAAGAGAAGCGGUUGAACGAGAUCAACGAGACCUUAGAACAAAUCAAUAAACAGCAGAAUAUGAUAUUAGACAGACUGCAUGCAACAACAAACAUGGAAACAAAUAGCGUUGUUCAGUCAUCUUCCAACGCUAAUAUAUAUACCAAACAAUAUUUUCCAAUGGAAGAGAUAGUAGAGGAGGAAGUCGGACACGAAGAGAGAGAGCUACAACACAUGAGCGAAAAGAGCGAUCAUGAGAACGAGAUCUACAAAGACGUCGACGAUGUUGACGACGAAAGCGAUGUUCUAACGCAGGUGUCAGGAAUGUCUAGCUACGAUCGUUCUUCCAGCUUCCUCAUUAGUCCUUAUUGGCUCCAGGAUGAAAGAAUGCGAAAGGGCGAGGUGGAUUUUCUAUCGCAUUCCGAGGAAGAAUUCUGGAAAACAUUGAUUGGAAGAUAUCUGCGACCGAUUGAAACCGACGAAGAAACUCAGAAUAAAAUAACUGAGGAGCUAAUGAACUGCCGCGAUGCCUAUUUAUUAAAAUUCUUCAUGAUAAACGCUCUGUUCGUGCUGAUAGUAUUUCUUAUGCAGUUGAAUAAAGAUAUAUUGCAUUUUCAAUGGCCACUGGGGAUGAAGUACAAUAUUACAUGCGUUGCGACGAGAUUUGAGGUGCACUUGACAAAAGAAUAUUUAAGACUCGAGCCGAUCGGAUGCCUAUUUAUUGCCGCAUUCAUCAGCAUCUUGGGCAUUCAGUUUUUCGCUAUGUUAGUACACCGAUUCGGUACAUUCACUCAUGUGCUCGCUAAUACGAAACUUCCUUUCUGGGCCAAGAUAAAAUCCUGGCUACGUUUCCAUGGCCCAUAUUCUCAGCAAACUUCUUCGGAUUUCGAAAAAGAUGCUGAUAAAAUAGCAGAAGGGCUUCAACGCAUGGCACAAGAGGAUCUGAUUUAUGAACACAGGCGAAGUACCAUGACAUCUCCUGGUAGACGAAGAACUAUACAGGAAUUGACAGAUAUUUCGCAAGGGUCGUCGAAGCUGAUGGGAAACUUUGAAAGGCUGUUUCGACGAAAGCUUCAUGAUCCGGAUGCAUCAGGUUUAUCGCGACACAUGUCCACACGAAUAUCACAAAGUGCAUUUAGCGCCUUAGAACGAAGACGAUCAUCCAUUCUAGAAGCGAAGAGAAAGACGCAAACUCGUAGACCAUAUGAUAUUUAUGAUGAUGCUGAUAAUUUAAGAAGAUCUUCGAACAAUGAGACUUUUCAACUGCGACCAAGACUAUCGAAUUCCAAUCAAUUUCAAUAUGAUAAUCCGGGAUUUAAACACGACGAGAAUACAUGAGACGUGAUAAGAAUUGAUUUUGCUUAGUGAUAUAUAGCGCAGACAGUUUAUAAUUUUUCCUAGUUCGGUAAUUUAUGAUUACUUUUAUAAAAUUUUGUGAUAUUAAAAAAUUUUGUAAUAAUUGACAUUCACAAAAAUAUUUUUCCUCGCAUUUUCUCUCGAAGAUCAAUAAAGAAUUCAUCGAAAUAUGCAAUAGA